AUGAUGCUUCCUCUUCCCAUGCACCCGGUGCCGGCACCGAGGCCGGUUCCGCAGCGAUAUAUACAACGAGUGGAUGCCGAUCCGUCCAUCCCACCCAACAACACAAUUUAUGUCAAGAAUCUGAACGACCGUGUGAAGAUUAAACUUAUGAGAGUUCAGCUCCGCGAAGUGUUUGGUCGAUUUGGGAAAAUCCUCGAUGUCGUAGCCCUGACGUCCUUCUGGCGCAGGGGGCAGGCGUUCAUCGUGUUUGAGACCGUUGAAGCAGCACAGAAUGCGUUGAAUGACAUGCAAGGCUUCAUGUUCCACGGGCACGCUAUGCAGAUCAAUUUCGCCAGAGAAAAGAGUGACAUCAUCAGCAAGGCAGAUGGUACCUUCAAGCCCAGGCCUCCGGGCCCCAAGAAACCAAGAGCGAUCAAGGAACGCGAGGAAAUGCAAAGAAAGAUAUUCGAGAAGCUACAGAGUGAUUAUUUGGCUGGCACCUUGGAGGGGAUGACGCAGCCAGGAGACCCCAAACUCAUACAAGCCCUUCAGUCUGCUCAGGCCAGGAUGCACGACCUAACACGAUCGCAGCCCGCUGGUGCCGAAGUACUAGGCAAGCCAGUUUCUCACAUUACUACCUCCGCCGGCCCCAAGGGGUUGCCAAAUCGCACACUAUUCGUGGAGGGAUUGCCGGAAGGCGUUGGUGUGUCCGAAGUCAAUGCCGUUUUUGGUGGCUCCCUUGGCUUUGUGGAGGCCAGGGUCAUCGCUGCCAGGCGUGUGGCUUUUGUCGAUUUCGACAACGAAUUCAACGCCGGUUACUGCAUGCAGGCGUUGCAGGGCCAUGUCAUGGGCAAUUCUACCAUAAGCAUCAGUUACGCGAAGCGUUGA